AUGGCCUCCCUCCCCCCAAAAUACAGCCCCUCCGACUCAGAGCUCAUCAGCGCUCUGCACCGCCUGCACAAGAAAUCCCCGAAACUGGUCCGGUCCUCGAAAUACGAGGCGCCGGAGGAUGCGAGCAUCAUCGUCGAGAGUUGGAAGAUGAACGAGUUCAAGUAUUAUGAUAUCCCGAGUCCGUUCCCGACGUUGGCGAGGGGCUUGUUUACGGUUGAUGUGACGGAUGGGAGGGGCGAUGCGAAGGAGGGUGAGAGUGGUAGGGAGAGGGAGUAUAGGAUCGUGGCGAGGGGGUAUGAUAAGUUUUUCAACAUCGGGGAGGUUCCGUGGACUACCUGGGCGGCCCUUGAGGAACAUACGACGCCGCCGUACACGCUCACGCUCAAAUCGAACGGUUGCAUCAUCUUCAUCGGCGCACUCACGCCUGACAAACUGCUCAUCACCUCGAAACAUUCGCUCGGUCCCAUCCAAGGCGUCGUGGAGUCGCACGCUCAAGUUGGUGAGCGCUGGCUCGUGAAGCAUCUCGAGAGCGUGGGGAAGACGAGGGAGGAGUUGGCGAGGACGUUGUGGGACGAGAAUUGGACGGCUGUUGCUGAGCUCUGCGACGACUCCUUCGAAGAACACGUCCUCCCCUACUCAAAAGACAAAACCGGUCUCCACCUCCACGGUCUCAACACCUGCUCCCGCCACUUCACCACCCAGCCCCCCUCCGUCGUCGACGCCUUCGCCGCCACAUGGGGCUUCAUCCCCACAGCCUCCACCACUCUUUCCACUAUCGCCGAAGUCAAAGCGUUCACUGAACAGAUAGGUAAGGAGGGGAAGUGGAGGGGCGAGGCGUUGGAGGGGUUCGUGGUUAGGACGCAUGUGGCGCCGCGCGCACCGAGGGAAAAGGGACAAGGUAUAAGGAAAGGAGAGUCCCCGUACGAGCCCGGCAGCUCGUUCUUCUUCAAAGUGAAAUUCGACGAGCCGUAUAUGAUGUAUCGCGACUGGCGCGAGGUCACGAAGAUGCUACUCACGGCGUACGCGAAGGGUGGGGCCAAGGGCAUGGACGAAGCGAGGCUGCCGAAGAGUAAGAUGGGGAGGAGGGAGACGAGAGCGUAUGUGAAGUGGGUGAAGGGGGAGAUUGCGAGCGAUGCUGGGAAGUUUGAGGGGUUUGGGAAGGGGAGGGGGAUUAUUGCGACGAGGGAGAGGUUUUUGAAGUGGGUAGAAGACAAUAAGGACGAAAGGGAGAGCGGGAGUGAGAGUGGGGGAGAGGAGGGGAAGAAAGAGAAAGGAGGAAAGGAUGGGUUUGGGAAGACGAUCAUUGUGCCGAUCGCGAUUCCGGGUGUUGGCAAAACAUCCAUCGCCGUCGCACUAACGCAUAUAUUCGGCUGGGGACAUACGCAGAGCGACGACGUGAAGGGGAAGAAGGCGGCGGUGCAGUUCAUCAAGAAUGUGCAGGCAUUGUUGAAGGAGCACGAUGUCGUCAUUGCUGAUAAGAACAACCACCUCCGCCAACACCGCCAAGCCCUCCGCGACGCCACGUCCUCCCACUCCCCACCCGUCCGCCUCCUCGCCCUAAACUGGUCCCUCACUCACACCUCCCUCCCCAUCCCCACCAUACACCGCAUCUGCUCCGACCGUAUCCUCGGGCGCGGGACGAAUCAUCAAUCGCUGCUUGCGGAUCCUUCGACGGCAAGGACACACGAAGAGGUUGUGUGGCAGUUCAUAAGACAGAGCGAGGAGUUGGGCGAGGGAGAGGUGGAUGCGGUGGUGGAGAUGGAUGUGCAGGAGGGGGUGGAGGAAGGCGUGCGGAGGGCUGUUAGGGGCAUUAUCGAUAUUCUCGGUGAAGAGAAGGUGGGGCUGAGUGGGAUGGAGUUGGAGGAGAGGAUCGGGGAGGGAGUCAGAGUUGCGAGGGAGUAUGCGUAUGAGAAGUCGAAGAAGGAAGAGAAGAGGGAGAUAGAGAAGGCUGCGAAGGAGGAGAAACAGGAGAAGAAGAAGAAGAGGGACAAGUCGCCUUCCCGACCUCGAUACUUCGGCAUCCUGGCGGAAGUGGACCUCCAGUCCGUCCUCGAUGCGCGGUUCGCAGAGCUUCCGAAUGGGCCGGACACGGAGUUCUGGGAAGAGCUGAAGCAGAACGGGAGGGUGAGCAAGAGGCCGCAUAUCACGAUCGCGCACGUCAACGGCUUGCCGGGCGAUAUCGAUCUAUGGGAGAGGUGUACGAGGGUUGUCGAAGCUGCGACGGAUGGGGAGGAGAUCAUGUUCAAGUUUAGGCUAGGAGAGGUGGUCAGUAACGACAGGGUCAUGUCCGCGACCAUCGAAGAUCUUCAGCUCGACGAUGGAACGUCGGAUUCUGCGUCUGGCGAGACUGAUCAGAAUGAUGAAGGGCAGGUAGGGACGGAGUUCGUUGAGCGGUUGCCGUCGGAUUUGAGGAACAGGUUGCAUAUCACGGUGGGGACGAAGAACGGUAAGGUUCCGCCAGUAGAGGGGAAGUUUUUGGUCGAACAGUGGAAGAAGGGGGAGGAUCUCGCGGGUGUGAGGUGUAUCAAGCUCAACGAUGUCGUCGUGAAGGGCCGGUUGAGGGGGUUGUUUCAGUGA